GAAGUGCUCUUAUUGUUUGAACGCCGGCGGACUUGACGCUGUGAAGACGGAGCGGAGCCCGACAGCCAGGCGGGACUUCACGGGGAUGGGAACAGACACACUGCGUCCCGGCGUUUCCAGAAAAUCAUCCCGCAGACACGCAGAGGGGUCCGCGGGGCUCAUGUGGACGACAAGCGGGGCCCGGACAGAGUAACACGGCGGCGGAGGAGAGGGGGUGUGUGGGGGGGGAAAUGGAAAAAUGGGAGCGGUGAAAAAAAAUUAAAAAAAAAGAAAAACACGGAGGAAAAAACACCAAAAGCACAAUGGCAUUCCUCCUGUGGCUCGGCCUGUCGCUGCUGUCCGCCGUCCAGUCCAGCGGCGUCAAGAACUGCCACCGUGGUUGCCACUGUGAGGUGGAAAGCUUCGGCCUGUUCGACAGCUUCAGCCUGACCCGGGUGGACUGCCGAGGGCUGGGACCCGACACCUCCAUGCCCAUCCCCAUCCCUCUGGACACGGCCCACCUGGACCUGUCCUCCAACGCCAUGGGCCCGCUGAGUGACACCAUGCUAGCUGGUCCAGGCUACACCACUCUCGUUAGCUUGGACCUAAGCAGCAACUCUAUAACAAAGGUAACACCCAAUGCUUUGUCUAAGCUGCGCUACCUGGAGACUCUGGAUCUGAGCCACAACAACCUGGAGAGCCUUUCCCCGAGCUGCUUCUCCGGCCUCCCUCUGGUUGAAGUGGACCUCAGCCACAACAGCUUCCAAGAGUUCGACAUGGACGUGUUCGCUACGAAAGUUAAUGGCGAACCUGUCAGCGUGGAUCUGUCUCAUAACAAGCUCGUGUCGGUCUCGACGACUCUGCAUGGAAGAGUUUUACACAUCCAAAGCUUAAAUCUGUCGUCAAACCGGCUCUUGAGCGUACCCAUGCUGGCGGGACUUUCGCUGAGGUACCUCAAUCUGGAUGGUAACCCCAUCGCAAAGAUCAAAGAGGGAGCUUUUGCUCAGCUGAAAGAUCUGGUUUAUUUGUCCAUCAGUGGCCUCCAUGAGCUGCACGAGAUCGAGGCGGACAGUUUCAAGGGCCUCCAGAGCCUGCAAGUUCUCGAUCUCUCAAAAAACCCAGAGUUUAAGACUCUAAGCCCGGCGGUUUUCAGCGGACUGGACUCCCUGCAGGAGCUGAAUUUGUCUGGGUCCGGUGUUUCAUCCUUGCCGAGUAACAUGCUGACCCACCUGCCCAGUAUUAAGAGCAUCACGCUGGGACAAAACAUGCACUGCUGGAGGACCCAGAAACAGGGACAGUUCCACCGGCAACUGGGUCAGGUCCAACACAACGAGGUGCUGAACUGUAACGUGGAGGGCAUCGUGUCGUGAAUCAGUGCCUUUUGGAAAUGGACCACUCGUAAAGAGGGCCAGUAACAAACACUUUUGAUUUCCAGCAUGGUUGGACAACCAAGUUCUGAAAGAGUAUACCUAAUGCCAGCGCUGUGCCUUAUCUGCUUUGAUAUGCAAAACACUUUUCUUGUGUUACUUUCAAUCAAUUACCUCUGUUCCAAGGUGUGCCUUUUUGAAGUAUGUGUUAAAGGUUUAAAGUAUACUUCAUGAACUCUUGACAGACUAUCAGUACUUUUUUAGGAAAACGAUAUCAGAAUAUACAGCAUUCUACAUCGCACAGAUUGGUUUCUCUCCCGUCUCAACAUGUAUCCUAAACUGGUAGAGAACCUUUCAUGGAUCCAAAACUUAAAGUAUUGUUCGUGCGUUACGUACUUCAUUUAAAGUGGGACCAUAUUAAGAGCUAUUUGCACUUAUUCCAGUCGCAACGUUCUUAGAAUGAUGCACUUACACAUGGCCUAAAUGUCAUCCAGCGUAAAAACUUUCUGUGCUUUGCUCCAAAUAUCCACACUGAAGUUGACUGUUGACCACUAAGUUUUUAUUUGACUUUGAAUGUGAUGCUUAUUGAAAUGAUUAAAGGGACAGUUAGACAUU